AUGCGUGCAGUCAGGUCAAAAGAAGACGUCCUCAGAAGGCGGAUCUCGCAACGAGCCAGCACAACGAAAUUACUUUGCGCGUCCCUGUUUGAGUGUCUCCACCUCUGUUGUACAUUGUUGGGCCGAUCCUCGUGCGCACUAGUUCUCCACCAUCCAAAAGCCAGACAUGCUUAUUUUCCUUCCGCCCAGAUCCCCGAGCUGUGCGCCAAGGACGUGCAUCAAUGUCACUCUGACCGAUCAUCCGCAUCCCCCGCAUGA